AUGGUGUCGGAGAAAAGAGGUAAAGUGGUGUUCCUUCUGGCGUCCGCUGUGUUGGCAGUGACGUCGCUGUGCUUCAUAUACGUCGUCUACAGGAACCCCGGCGUCAGGGUGUGUGCAUCUGCUGACAUUCCACCUACAAGCACGAACGUUCACACUGAUCUCGUAGAGCUGUAUCCCGUUCCCAACGUCAACUCAAAAACAGUUCAUUACUUUUGGUGCGCGCGGAAGAUGUUUGAGUUUCACAAUUAUUUAAGCAUCCUUAGUGUUGUGAAGAUGGUGAAGCCCCUGAAGAUCGUGUUCCACUACACCGACUAUCCGGUGCUGGAUCCACUUGAGUACAACUCCUGGUUCCGUGAUCUCGUCGCCACCAUCCCUUAUCUCGUGCUGGACGAGAUGAGCACCGACACCUCAUGCAGAAACAGCGCCAAGGACAAGCUCCACACAGUGCAGCAGUAUCUGCUACAGCAUGGCGGCCUUUACGUUGGGGAAAACACCGUGUUCAGACAGUUUCCCACCCAGGCUAAGCAGAUGCAAUUAUUGUUUUCAUUUCGUACUGCCAAUAAAAACGAAAAGAUAAUUAAAAAUGAAUAUUUAGAUAAAUGCUUGGAUGGUUUUAUUGGUGUCGUUCCCGGCACUAACGCCACCACAGUUAACGAGUCACUGACCUUCAGCCACAGUGAUAUGAGGGCCUGUUCCAUGUAUGACUAUGAAGUAUCGGUGGAGCGUUGUUUAGCGGUUACUGUCAAUUUGCCGGUUAGACCUAAAGAUAUUUGGUACAUCGAUAUCAAUUUUGGAAAGCUUGCCCGUCUUCUAUUCUAUGGUAAAUCCGAUGUUAUACAUUUACAACAAGACUUCAAAGUUCUGGCGCCCAGGAUUUCUCAUUAUAUAUGGUUCGGGAAGAGAACCCUCACGUACGCCCAUUAUCUCAGCGUCCUCAGUGCUCUCUACGUCGCACGCCUAUAUCACGUGUACUUCCACGGAGACUGCGAACCAUUGGGGGAAUUCUGGGAGACGCUGAAGAGGGAGGAGAAUGUGACGUUCGUGUUUAUGGAACUGCCUGAAUUUGUGUUCGGUAACGUCGUGCAGAAUAAAGCUCACGCCAACGACGUUGUGAAACUGUACAUUCUAAACAAAUAUGGCGGAGUGAACCAGGACCCGGAUGUAUUAUGGACAAAGCCUAUUGAGGACUCUCAUCUUGCCUAUGAUUCUGUGAUGGGGUUUGAGUGGGUCAAGGCCGACGGAUGGCCAGAAACUUUCAACAUCGGAGUAUUCAUAGCCAAGAAGCAUUCCAAGUUCGUUCACGAAUUCUUGUUGACAAUGAAGGACUACCGCGACAAGCACUGGAUCUACAACUCAGGGUGCCUGCCGUACAGGGUGUACGAACGUUUCCCUCACGUCCUGCAUGCUGACAGACAACUCCAGGUGUUGUGCUACAAACACAAAUGUCACCCGCCAUGGUUCAAAGAUUACAACGAAUAUUACAUGAACGACGAUGCACUGUAUUUCUUCAUAGAGUGGAACGUAGAGACGUUGUCGGUUCAUCUCACCUUCCCCAAACCUUAUCCAGAAUACACGAGUCAGGCGACACUCAUGGCGUCGACUGGGAUGUAUGCUUCCAUCGGGAGGAAUAUCCUCAAAAAAGCUGGGAAAAUCUGA